AUGCGGAGGCGACUUCGCCCCAAUGACACGCUUAUCGAGGCAUCGAGUGGAAACACCGGUAUUGGGUUCAGUAUGGUGGCAGCAGUCAAGGGUUAUCACAUGAUUAUCACAAUGCCAAAGAAGAUGUCGCACGAAAAGGAGGUGACACUACAAGCUCUGGGAGCGGAUGUGAUACGGACUGAGACAUCGUUGCCAUGGGAUCAUCCAGAAAGUCUUAUUGGUCUGGCACACCGAUUGGAAAAAGAAAAGGGAUAUGUUCUACUAGAUCAGUACACCAACCCAAGCAAUCCAAAGGCGCACUACAACGGCACAGCGCAGGAAAUUUUUGAUCAGUGCGGUGGGAAAAUCGAUAUGGUGAUUAUCGGGGCUGGAACUGGGGGUACAGUGGCUGGUGUUGGAAAACGACUAAAGGAGUUGCUGCCCAAUAUUAUUGUGGUUGGUGUGGAUCCGAUUGGAAGUAUUUUGGCGGAUCCUACUGCCCCUCAGAAGGAGAAUACACCGUAUCUUGUUGAAGGCAUUGGCUACGACUUUGUGCCGGAUGUUUGUGAAAGAAAGUAUGUUGACAAAUGGAUUAAAUCUGCCGACAAGGAGAGUUUUGCGCUAGCCUCGGAAAUUCACCGUGACGAGGGUCUGCUCGUAGGUGGCAGCAGUGGUUCCGCAAUGUGGGGGGUACUACAAGCAGCAAAGGAUCUUCGGCCCGACCAACGCUGCGUGGUGGUGUUCCCUGACGGCAUCCGAAACUACAUGACAAAGUUCCCCAACAAGAACUGGUUGAUUGAAAAGGGGCUCGAAGAGGGCGAGGUGACGCGCCCAACAUAUGAAGCACUUCAGGCGCAGUUGGAAGAAGCAAAGAAGAAAUUGGCUGAGUAUGAGACCAAGUAA